AUGAUUAACGAAUCAAUAAAAACACCGAUCGUAUUGAAUUUGAAUAGUAUUAUUCGUGAACGUACGUCGUCUGUUGAUUCAUUAGAAGAAGAUAAGAUUGUUAAAGAUCACAUAGAAAAUCUAAUACCUAUACAAGGAACAAAAUCGUGGAUAAAUGAUAUUCAACAACAGAGAGUGGAAAAUUGUAAUGAAGUAAAAUCCAACAUCAAUGGUUUAUCCAGAUGGCGAUCAUUUGAAGACGAAUUCAUGCUUCCGGUAUCAAUUAAUCAAUUAACAUCAUCUGAACAACACAAUCGACGUAAAACUCUCUCUGAAAGUGAUAUUGUCUCAAAAAAUAUUUCUUCAUUUGUCGUACCGAAUAUAAAUAUCAAAGAUGAAAAUGAAGAGGAAACUUCUAGAAUGGAUAUUUAUCACACUGUACAAUUAAUUGAGCAUGAUCCGAUUGAAAAUAUGUAUUCAACAUCACCAAUCACUAAUGUUCUACAUUUCGAUGCUCAACUUCAAGUUGAUAAUGGUCACUUGACUGAUGCUGUUCGCUACGGUGUAUUUCAUUCAUCCCCGCAAGAAUCCAUGAUUCAAAUAUCGUGUCAACAGUUCAAAUGUAAUCACGAAACACAAACGAUGGAAAUAGAUGAAAACGAGGAAGAAUGUCAUUCAUUUAAUCUAAGACAAUAUGUCUUGCUUGACACAUUGGAAACAUCAAUGGAUAUAUCAGAGUCAUUGGCCUCAACAACAAGUGGUGAGGAGCAAGAUUAUGUUGUGAGAAUGCAAAUAAAAGGAACAUUAUUAGACUCAAAUCAUCUAAAGCUGCAAAAUAUCAUCGAACUAAAUGAACAAUACGAUGAUGAAGAAGAGCAUGACGCGGAUAACACAAUGGACGAUGAAAACUUUGACAAUGCAAAUGAAAGCCACAAUGUGACGUUAUUAAUGGAUGAUGGUGAACGCCAGUAUGUCAAUAGUGAACCUUCUUCGUCCGAUAAACACCGUUCAUACGAUACAAGAGAUGAACAAACAACAAAUAGAAACGGGUAUCAAAGUAGUGGAAAUGGAUUCAGAAACUCGUUCAGCGGCAGUGGCGGUGGCGGUAGUGGCUCUGGGCGUGGAAACGAUGAAGAUGAACAUAAAAACAAUAAUCCUAAUGAUGACGACGAGGAAAGUAUCGAUGAUGAAACAAUAGCUCGACGGUUGGGUUUUCAUUUUGAUAAUGUAACAUUAGAAUUGAUUCAUUCUAUUCGGCAACUCGUUCGAAAACGAUCGUAUGAUCGUCGUGACUUUGAUUAUUUACAAACUUUGAUCGAUGAGAUAAUUAAACUUCAACAACUUUACUCUUCGGAUAAUAUCGAUUUACUUUUACGUACAAUGGUGAAAUUAUUGAGGUUAGAUCGUCCAUUACGAACAUUUAUAAAUGCAGAAAAUUUUUUACGUGAUCGAAUUCAAUAUGCAAAGCAACAACAGAGAAAAAAACGACGUGGAGCUGAAGAAGAUAUCGAUAGUCUUGAAGAGAGGCCAGUGAGAGCUGUUAAGUAUCAGAUAACAAAUGAUGAGCCGGUCCGACGAUCCACGAACAACAGUAAUGGCAGUGUAUUUGAUUAUUGGAAAAAUAAAGAUCAGAAGUCCAAAUUGCACGGAAUGCAACAACGAGCAAGAUCAGAAAGUUCGCCUGAUCAACAAUAUCGCUCUCGUCAUGAUUCCAAAGAUAGUCUUGAAGAAAUGGAUGAAACCUCCUUACCUCCCCCAACUUUCGUUUCACCAGGGAAACGUCGGAAUACACGGGAAACAGAUCGUGAAGUGGCUGAGAUUACCCAAGAUACAUCUAUUGCAGAUCCACUUACAUCCGUGGGUCGAGCACCAACAAAAGUGAAACAAAUGGCGAGAGAUAUCGAAUAUCGAACAGUGCCUGUAGCAACAGGAACAAAUCGAAGUGAAAUGAAUAUGAGAACUGGUGAUCGUUUCCGAGAUCAUGUUACAUAUUUAUCCGAUGAUUCUGCUCAAAUACCAUCAGCUCAUAUAAGUGUUGCAUUAUACGACAUCAAGCCUAACUUAAAAAAUCAGUAUUCAAAUGAAGAACGCACCCGUCCCGCCCACUCUGAUGGUAUACUUGAAGAAAGCGAACAUCGUACAACUCGAGCAAAACAACAGCGAAUUUAUGACAGUCCGAUAUCGUCUCCCUCUCUCACUGAAAGUCGUGUAAAACGAAUCGUCGAUCGUCUCGAACACGAUCAACAACUGUCACCGAACACGACAACGAUAGUUACAAAAUCUUCAAUUAAAAAAACGUUUGACGAGUACUCAAUAGAUUCGUACAGCGAAGCCGACCAUCAACCACCUGUGAAACGUUCAAAAGAUAUUGGGCACAAAAAAGUUAUAAAAAGUCAGAUUUAUGAUGCAGAACGAGAGGAAGAUGGUGGUGGAAAAGUGAUUUAUCGACGAAAAAUUGAACGUAAUAUUCCGAAAGAUUCUGUUAUUGAAGAUGAUUUCUUCCAUAAUAACAAACAUCCAUCGAAAGAUUCAGUUGAUCGUGGAGAUGAAGAUCAUUCAGCGCGAACAACAUCAUCCUCACCAAGACAACGCGUAACAUAUCAUUCAGGUGAUGAUGAUACUUAUAUUCGAAUUGAUUCAGUGAGAGAUGGUCAAGAACUGCCAAACGACGUUAAAGAGUUUGUUAUUUCACAUACAAAACCAAAACGAUACAACAGAAUAUUAGGAAUUGAGACAAAUAGAACAAUAACAGAACCUGACAUAUCCUCACAAGAGGAUCGUCAGGCAACUGAAACGAGUAUAACAAUGGUACGCGAUGUUCGCGCUCGUAUGUACGAAGACAAGAUCGAAAAGACUACAAAAUCUACUACAACUCCCGUUGAAGAAAUAAUGAAGGUGGAUCUAGAAACGCUUUACAUUCUCGAACAACGUGGUGAAAAGCCACCAUCAGCUCCCACCAUGAUGGAUAUUUAUGUAUCUCCUGAAUAUCGUUACAUUAUUGAAGAAGAGAGAGAAGAACACGAUGAACAUCAUCGCACGUAUCAUCCAGCAGGAAUUAAUACAGCAGUGCAAACAAUUUACACACAGCCCACAUCGAGACAGAAAUUUCAACGACCAAUUGGAACGCAAAGUGAUCUAAAUCAAGCGACAAUAACAACGCAAACAACUGAUAGUUUACAUCGGCAACCCAAAGAGAGAAAAAAAAUUAUUGUUGAUGCAAAUACACAAACAACCAUCAAGGAUAAAUCGUCUUUAAAAUCGGAUGACAGCUCGGAUGGUGAUGGAACUGUCGUUUACAUUGAUAAUCGCGAAGAGAACUUUGAAUGCUGGAAAAAAGAUACAAACGAGGGUAGUAGCGAUGAGACGGAUUACGGUCGCGACAAGGAUCAUCCGUCAAUUGGUAAGAUAACAUCCAAGAUAAAAAUGGAUCAGAUUCGUGAUCUAAAUCGAAAUGUAGUACGUCGACAUUUUGAAGAAUCAGAGCAACAACGAGAAUUUUAUGAAAUUCACACAAGGGGGCAAUGUAAAUGCGUUGUAUUAUCAAUCGAUGAUUACAACAGUCAAGAAGUAAUUAGGGGUGACCAAACAGCCAUGGAAGAACAGAUAACAAAAAUUGAGAAAAUGUAUACUUUUCAAGCGUUGCAACACAUAAAUUUACAUGUACUUUACACACGUGAUACUGAAUCUUUAGCUAAUUAUAUUUUAAUUAAACGCGAAUAUCCUGAUUCUUACUACGAUGAAUAUCCGAGUCAUCCUUCGAUUCGUAUCAACUAUUACACACGAAAUGGUCACUUGUUUAAAACUGAAGAGCGACGUCUCGAUCAACUCUCGUUAACCAUUCGCUAUGAACUUGAAUAUGAACUGAAUCAUUAUAGUACAGCUCGACUCAUCCUGUUACCAGUGACAAAAGCCGAGAGACGACACGUGAAUUUGACUAUCAAAGAAGAAGUGACUAAAGAUUUAGUUCAACGUCAUCAACGUGGACCAGAUUUAGAACAAGAAAUUCGACGACAAUUACAAGAACCUAUCGCUCUUCAACGUUUAUUUGAUUAUUCAACAAGAGAGACUCCAUCGUUAACAAAUGUGCGUCGUUUACCGAGAAUUGAAAUAACCACAUCACUACGAAUAAUACAACGUUAUCGAAAUGUUAUUCAUCAUCUGUGUAAAAUAUUUCGAAAAGAUAUUCGAAUGACAAAAGAACACGAACAAAAACGAAAUUUGAUAUUAAUCAGUAAUCAAGAAUAUUAUCAACUAGACUUAACAAAUUUAAUGGCUCCUGAACCUGAACCAAAUAUAUCUGAAAUUCAAAAACGUCAGACAGAUUUAUUUGAUCGUGAAGUGACAUUAGUAUUAAAUGAUGAACAACAACGAAAACCUCGACCAUCUAAUCAUGAAGAAUGGGAAUACCAUAAACGUGAACAAUCACAAUCGAUUGAUCGAACACCCCGUCAUCCUCCUAAUACUGAAAAACCUUUCGAUUUUAUUCAAUAUCGAAAAGAAUUAGAAGAGCAACACAGAAUGUUGGAACAACGACAUCGAGAAGAACAACGAUUAAGACAUCAAAAUCGACGUGUUGUACCAGGACCUCCACCACCUGGUCAUCCGAAUGAAGCUGAAUUUUAUUUAGGUGCUGAACGGCGCCAAUUAAUUGAGCGCGAAAUCUAUAAUAUGCGUGAAUCAAUUCGUCCUCAUGAACAUGCUCCACCUCGCUAUAAACAUGAACCACUUCGUCGUUCAUGUUCGUGGGGCUAUUCGGGUGCAAAUCGAUAUGUUCGUGCACGUAUCAUACAUGUUAAAGACAUUUUUGAUGAUAACACGGCACCUAGUGCAAUCGACCGCCAGCAACGCGACGAACAAAAAGCACGAGAACAAGAAUUAUUUAUUCGUGUUGAUGAUUAUAUCAAUGAACCAGCAGCAUCGAGUCUAAAACGAUCGUAUUCAACCGAUUAUUUGCAAGAAGGUGGUCCACGAACAAGAAUUAAAUAUAUUCGAAUACCGGGUGAAACGAUUCGAAUUGAAGAGAAACAAACGUAUGAAUACGAAGGAAUACAAUACGCUGAUUUACCCUAUAAUUUAAGAUACUGGAAUAUUUUAUAUAUACUUGAUAGAGAAGCAAAAAAAGGUCGUCCAUUAGGUUCUAGUAUCCCUCAUGUACCCAUCAAUGAUCCUUAUCGUAAUCUCAUUCCGCCCCUAACUCAUCAGGAAAUUCGUCAAACGGCACGUCAAGUUUUACAUCCACGAUACAAUGUUCGAAAUUGUACCGAUCGUACUCUACGUUGGUUUCUUUCAAAAGAUCAACGAACAGAGAUCGAAUCGAGACGAUAUUUAGAAGCUCUCGAACAUCGUCGAAGACAAUCAGCUACAGAUGUUAGUGGACGAAGUUUGAAACCAGAAGAACGUCCAGAAAAAUACUUUGUAACAGAAACUCUUGUAAGAUAUGAAAAAUUACCCGAUCGAAUAGUACCUGUCGUUGAAUCAGUUACCAAUGGCGGUGUGAGUGGAACAAGAUCUAUUUCACAGCCAAGAAUUAUUCAGCCACCAAAAUAUACGUCUACAGCACAAUUCGACAAUUUUACUCAACAACAUCAAUUAAAUAAACGUUCUCAAUCUCAACCGACGAAACACUUCAUGCAGUCAUCCUAUGUAGAUCAACAUGCAGCAUUUCCACCAUUAAGACCAAUUGAGAUACCGACAUCACAUUUUCCUACACAUCCAUUGACUCGUCACCAAUCAUUUCAUGAACUUUAUCAACCACCACCUAUUCAGCAGCAACAAAUUUAUCACAGCAAUCGUCCAAGACAUCCACCUUUGUUACAGAAUACACAUAAUGUUCCAAUUGCCUAUAAUAAUCGUUUUCAACGUACUUAUAGCAAUUCGAGUACACAGUCGUUGAAUCAUAUUCAACCUCACCAACGACGUCCUCAGCUUGGAACUUGUUCACCUACUACUAAUUGUGCCUACAGGUCAUAUCAAAACUCAUCUUCUCAACGUAAUCCAUUAUUAACAGAAAUAAUCGAUAGUCAAACAGGUCGAACACUAAUGACAACAUGUCAGCAAGAAUUACCGAACGAUGUACUAGGAUUAUUAAACAAAUAUAAUCUACAGACGUAA